AGAGUCCAGGAAGAGGGUCCAGGAAGGGGGUCCAGAAAAGGGGUCAAGAAAGAGGGUCUGGGAAAGGGAUCCAGGAAGAAUGUCCCAGAAGGGGCCCCAAGAAAGUGGUCAUGGAUGGGGGUCCAGGAAGAGAGUCCAGGAAAGGGGGUCAAGCAAAAGGGGGUCCAGGAAGGGGUGCGAACUGUCUCCUAGGUCAGUUCACUGGUGUGUCACUCAGUCUCCUGCAUCCCCCAGCCGGUUCAGGAACAGGACGACUCGGCCUCAAGGGCCGUUGGGAGGGGGGGACUCUCUUUGCCCCCCCAAUUCCCGCUUGUGUCUUCUAGGGGGGAACCUCCGAGCGAGGCAGCCUCUCCUUUGGCUCAUCCCGUUUCGCCGUUCACGCAGCAACCCCCGAGAUUGGCGCUGUGCAACUGGUCUGGAAAUGGCUAGAAACCUCCAAGGGCCUGAUCAGAGGAUCGUCCUGGUGGGCAAAACCGGAAGUGGGAAAAGUGCGACGGGAAACACCAUCCUGGGAAACAACGUCUUUGAGUCUAGGUUGAGUUUUAGGUCAUCAACAAAGAUUUCCCAAAGGGAGGAGAGCCUGUGGAAUGGCCGGAAGGUGGUGGUGGUGGAUACGCCGGGCUUUUUCGACCCUGGGGUUCCAGAGGCCCAAACUGUGAUGGAGCUCAUGAAGUCUAUGAAGUUUUGCACCCCGGGCCCCCACGUUAUUCUGUGGGUCAUGCGUAUUGGCUAUUUCACCCGGGAGGAGAAGGAGAUGCUUCAGCUGGUCAAAGAGGUGUUCGGUCGCAAAGGCAAGAAUUACCUGAUCCUUUUGUUCACCCGCAAGGAGGACCUGGAAGGGGAGACGCUGGAGGAAUUCAUAUCCAAAGAAAACGUCGCGCUUCGGGAACUGGUGGCCUACUGUGGGCACCGCUGCCUGGCCUUCAACAACAAGGCCAAAGGAGAAGAACGGGAGGCUCAGGUGGCCGAACUGAUGCGGAUGAUCGAUCAGCUCGUGUACAAGAACGGGGAUGCGACUUGCUACACGGAGGACAUGCUGAGGGCGGACAUAAACCACUUCAAAGAAAGGCGUGGUCCGGAAAUGGCUGGAAGCCUCCGAGGGCUCGAACGGCGGAUCGUCCUCGUGGGCAGAACCGGAAGUGGGAAAAGUGCGACGGGGAACACCAUCCUGGGAAGGAAAGUCUUUGGGAUGUCACCUAGGUCAGCUACAAAACGUUGCCAAAAGGAGGAGAUGCUGUGGAACGGCAGGAGGAUUGUGGUGGUCGAUACGCCUGGCUUCCCGGACACCGGGCAUCCAAACGCUGCCGACAUGAGCGAGUGUCUGAAGUUAUGCGGCCCGGGUCCCCACGUUAUUCUCUGGGUCAUGCGCCCCGACCGUGUCUCCCAGAAGGGGAAGGACGUGGAACGGCUGAUCCCCGAGAUCUUCCGAGAGAAAGGCAGGGAUUAUGUGAUCCUCCUGUUCACCCACAAAGAUCAGCGGGAAGGCGAACCGGCUGAAAAUCAACCGGAUCAAAAGGAAUUCCUGGCCGGCUGGGAGAACCGCUGCCUGGCCUUUAACAACAUGGCCGAAGGAGACGAACGGGAGGCUCAGGUGUACGAACUAAUGAAGACGAUUGACCGGGUCGUGUUUGAGAACGGAGACGCUCUUUAUUACGGGGUGAGAAGUGGCUCCUCCUCCUGUCCUAUCAUCUGGCCUGAUCAGAGGAUCGUCCUGGUGGGCAAAACCGGAAGUGGGAAAAGCGCGACGGGAAACACCAUCCUGGGAAGCAACCUCUUUGAGUCUAGGCUGAGGUUUUGGUUACCAAUAAGCCAAAGGGAGGAGACCCGGUGGAAUGGCCGGAAGGUGGUGGUGGUGGAUACGCCGGGCUUUUUCGACCCUGGGGUUCCAGAGUCCCAAACUGUGGUGGAGCUCACGGAGUCUAUGAAGUUUUGUGCCCCGGGUCCCCACGCUAUUCUGUGGGUCAUGCGUCUUGGCGGUAUCUCCCCCCAGGAGGAGAAGGAGACGCUUCAGCUGGUCAAAGAGGUCUUCGGUCGCAAAGGCAAGAAUUACCUGAUCCUUUUGUUCACCCACAAGGAGGACCUGGAAGGGGAGACGUUGGAGGAAUUCAUAGCCCAGAGAGACGUCGCGCUUCGGGAACUGGUGGCCUUGUGUUGGCACCGCUGCCUGGCCUUCAACAACAAGGCCAAAGGGAUAGAACGGGUGUUCCAGGUGGCCAAACUGAUGAGGAUGAUCGAUCAGCUCGUGUACAAGAACGGGGAUGCGACUUGCUACACGGAGGACAUGCUGACGGCGGACAUAAACCACUUCAAAGAAAUGCGUCGCAUGCGUGGCGUCUCCUCGUGUCGUCUCCUCUACUGCAACCCAGCCCACGCCAGGAGAUCUCCGAAGAACCCCAAAGUCCGAGAUUGGAUUCUGUCCGGGUCUCCUGCUCCAGCAGGGGGUUGGGCUCGGAUCGUCCACCAUGACCGGAAGCUGGGACCACUCCCUCCCUCCCUAACUCCCUCCCUCCCUCCCCUGCUGGCCAGCUGCCAAUCAACGUCUUCGGAGCGAUCGCCGGGUGGAUCCCGGAGCAGGAAGCCAAAAGGGAAAGCGAGGCACAGCGAAGAGGGGAUGGGAAGACACACACACACACACACACACACACACACACACACACACACCCUUGUCCCUCCCGCGCCCAGGUGGGGUUCGGACAAGAUCCCAGGUGGGUGGCUGCGUUUGACGCCCCCGGUUGCUUCCUGGGAUCCACCGGCGGCUCAGCUGGAAGAUCCGAAGAUCUCUCCGCCUUUCGGGCGGCCGUGGAGCUCUUCUCCGGCCUGGCGGGGCUGCCUGCUUGGGAUCCCAGAUCCAGACUUCCCUCGGGAUCUGCUUCCCGGCCCUCCCUGUCGGGGGAUCUCCCCCCUCCCGCUGAGGUUCCCCUUUCCCCGUGGUCAAGGAUCCACCCGCCGUUCAAAGGGCGAGGAGAUCCGGCCGAGAGGCGGCCCGGGAGAGCAGCGGAUCCAGCCGCCGAAGGGGAUCAAUCGGAUCCCUCCGUCCAGCAACCCCCGAGAUUGGCGCUGUGCGACUUGUCCAGAAAUGGCUGGAAGCUUCCGAGGGCCUGAUCAGAGGAUCGUCCUGGUGGGCAGCACCGGAAGUGGGAAAAGCGCGACGGGAAACACCAUCCUGGGAAGCAACGUCUUUGAGUCUAGGUGGUGUUAUAGGUCACCAACAAAGACUUGCCAAAGGGAGGAGAGCCUGUGGAAUGGCCGGAAGGUGGUGGUGGUGGAUACGCCGGGCUUUUUCGACCCUGGGGUUCCAGAGUCCCAAACUGUGACGGAGCUCGUGAAGUCUAUGAAGUUUUGCACCCCGGGUCCCCACGCUAUUCUGUGCGUCCUGCGUCCUGGCUGUUGGACGCAGGAGGAGAAGGAGAGGCUUCAGCUGGUCAAAGAGGUGUUCGGUCGCAAAGGCAAGAAUUACCUGAUCCUUUUGUUCACCCGCAAGGAGGACCUGGAAGGGGAGACGCUGGAGGAGUUCAUAUCCCAGAGAGACGUCGCGCUUCGGGAACUGGUGGCCCACUGUGGGCACCGCUGCCUGGCCUUCAACAACAAGGCCAAAGGAGAAGAACGGGAGGCUCAGGUGGCCGAACUGAUGCGGAUGAUCGAUCAGCUCGUGUACAAGAACGGGGAUGCGACUUGCUACACGGAGGACAUGCUGACGGCGGACAUAAACCACUUCAAAGAAAGGCGUGGCCUCUCCUCGUGUCGUCUCCUCUAACGGACGCCGAAAAGCCUCUCUGCUCCAAGGCGGUAGCCCUGUCCAAGGCCACAACCCUGCAUUUCCCCCCCUUUUAGUUGCAACCCAGCCCUCGCCAGGAGACCUCCGAAGAACCCCAAAGUCCGAGAUAGGUGGCGGAGUCACCCUGAGCCGAUUCCUUCUCCGGAGAACCCACUUCCUCCCCUCAGAUGACAGGAGUUUCUUCCAAGGGCAGAGGAAGAUCCCGCCCCCUCCCC